AUGAAGAUGUUACAUCCAGAACUUGUGGUUUGCAUUCCUACAGGGUUUCCUGAAUUGAAAAAUGACACUUUCUUGCGAGCAGCACACGGAGAAGAGACAAAAUACACUCCUGUUUGGUGCAUGAGACAGGCAGGAAGAUACCUGCCAGAAUUCCGUGAGACUCGAGCAGCUCAGGAUUUCUUUGCAACCUGUCGCUCACCAGAGACAUGCUGUGAACUCACACUGCAACCUCUACGACGCUUUCCUUUUGAUGCUGCCAUCAUCUUCUCUGACAUCUUGGUGGUGCCUCAGGCACUGGGCAUGGAGGUGGUGAUGGUGCCAGGAAAAGGGCCCACAUUUCCAGAACCACUAAAGGAAGUAGAGGACCUGCUGAAGCUUCGGCAGAAGGUCGAUGUGGCAACAGAACUGGCCUAUGUCUUCCAGGCUAUCACACUGACACGGCACAGAUUGGAAGGGAAGGUGCCUCUGAUCGGCUUCUCUGGUGCCCCAUGGACUUUGAUGUCCUAUAUGAUUGAAGGUGGUGGCUCCAACACAAUGGCCAAAGCCAAGGCCUGGCUCUACCGGCAUCCUGAGGCCAGCUAUCGGCUGCUCACUUUAUUGACUGAUGUUAUUGUGGAAUAUCUGGUGAGACAGGUGGCUGCAGGUGCUCAGGCUCUGCAGGUUUUUGAGUCCCACGCAGGACAUCUGGGGCCAGACCAGUUUGCAGAGUUUGCCCUCCCAUUCAUUCGGUCCAUUGCCAAAGGUGUGAAGAAUAAGCUACAAGAAAAUGCUCUCCCUGCAGUGCCAAUGAUCAUCUUUGCUAAGAAUGCCCACUAUGCAUUGGAGGAUUUGGCACAGUCUGGAUACGAAGUGGUUAGCCUGGACUGGACCACAUGUCCUCAAGAGGCUCGCCAGCGGACUGGAAGAACCGUUACCUUACAAGGGAAUUUAGAUCCAUGUGCUCUAUAUGCAUCCAAGGAGAAGAUCGGGGAGCUGGUAAAAAAGAUGUUGGAAGGCUUUGGCUCCCAGCGUUACAUUGCCAACUUGGGCCACGGUCUCUAUCCUGACAUCAACCCAGAACACGUAGGGGCUUUUGUGGAUGCUGUGCACAUGCAUUCUUGCAAUCUGAACAAAUGUUCUUAAGAGACUCGGAGGAAACAAUCCAUAAGCAAAAAGAAAAGAAAUGGGUCAUCUGCUAAGCAAAUGUAUCUGUCAUUGAGAGGGAACAUCCUGGAAAGGAUCUCGGUGUAAUUAGCUACAAAGGCUGCAGCAGGAACUGGCAAAAGGAACCGGGGAGUUGCAGGUUUUUCACACACGUUAUCUUCUUCUCAGCCUCUACCAUAGAAAAUGGAUUCAUUAUGAAACAUAUAUUGUCCCAACUGUGUACUGUUUAUCCCCAAAUUGCUCCUAUUGAUUACAAAACUAAUCCGAGUGCCUCCGACAAUCAAUGAACACCUUUUAUUGUAAUUGAACUUCAGCUGUCCUUCCGUACAGGAUUUGGCUGUCUUGUCUUGCUUCCUACCCAUCUGUUUCUUGCAGCAAUGUUUUUUUUUUAUUAUUAUUUGAGUUGCUUUUAAUAUUCAGAAGUACCACAAGAUGUGGGGAGGAGGAGAUAGGCCUCAUGCAUAUUCCUGAAUGGCCUGCUUCUGCAGGCUAAGUAUCCUGUGUCUGAGAAAGGGAUAAUCUGUCCCCUUUUAGCUUAUAUGCAAAUUAUCUUGUUUAUCCCAGAAAAGGAAAAACUAUUUCCAUACAGAAUAUGGAACUGUAACCUCUCCCUAGUCCCAUCUCAGUAGCAGCACAGAUUUUCUCUGAAUGGCUCUCCUUUUGAAGGAUUUCUGACUGGCAGCAUUAAUGGACUGAUACCAAAAGGGCUGGAGUGAUACAACGAAGUCUUCCUUCCUUUUUUUUUUUUUUUAUUAAACAUCAGAUCAAGAAGUUGUACAUACAAAAUAAAGAGACAGAAGAAUGAUACUUUUAUGGCAACAAAUACUGGGUGAGUAGGGCUUAUCUGGUCUUCCAACCAGUUUCUCAGGAUUUUUUUUUUAAAAAAAAACAACAAACGAAAACAAAACAAAACCGGAGUCAGACAGUACGUAAUUUUAAUCCACAUUUCCUAAACUACGCUUCAUCUUAACCCCUGCCCCCAUCCAUUCCCUCCCUGCCCCUUUUAGAACUAAGAUGCACUGGAACAGGGGAACACAAAGACAUUUAGAAAAGGGGAAAAAAACUAUUCUGCUCCUGCUACGCUCCAUUUAAACAUUCAGAUGGAGGCAAAGCAGUAGUAGGAGAUCAAGUAGCAGAAACUAUGGCGGAAAGCUGUCCUCAAGAAGGCACCAACCUAAGCAGAGGCCAGCAAAGACAGUAGUUUUGAAAUGAAAUUGAAAAUAAAGACUCACAUGCAGGCUAAUUGCUCCUGCUCUUCAAGGUGACCAAAAUGAAAUAAAAACAGAAGACCCUUUCUAAAUUCAUAGAGUAAUACAUCUCUUGCACAAAUCAAUUCGUUUGCAUUUGGAGAAAGGCCAAAAAUAGAGCAUUUUGCACUAUGGGCUGAACCGGCUAACAGUCUUGUUCCAGCUUCCUGGGGUCAUGUUGUGUCCCAUAUACGGAGCCAUGGUACAAAGUAGCAGUCAAGUAAUGUGCUGUGGCUUUUAGCCAGUGGGCCGAAUCCACACCCUGAUGGCCUUGAAAUGCUGAGGUGUAUCUGGCUUUGCGGUUUCCACCUUGGUCUCCUCUCUUCCAAGGUUGCGUGUUGUGGUAGGUCUGCUCAAGCUUUUGUUUAUUUUUCCAUUAGUCAAAUCCCACCCACUUGUCUUUUGUUAUUUUUUUUUUGCCAACAAUGCUGGGGUAAAAACCUGAGAAACGUUCACAUUUCUCGGGUUUGGAAAUGCUUAGCCCAGCCCACAACACAUUUCAAGUAUCCCCAAACAAACAAAAACAAACAAAAAA